UCUUAUAUACUCCCUCUCGUCGGCUCCUCCCUUACCGUCUUCUAUGCUUUUGCCGAGACUGCUGUAUUCUCUUCCUUCCUGCGAGCUGCGGAUCAUGAUCCUGCAACCACCAGUCAAGUCGUCCGACACUGGUGGUCGGCCUUUUUGGUCCCUGGCACAUCCUUGGUUUUCGCAACUACCCUUCCAACCAUCAUCAGCGGCUCCUACGCCUUGAAGUAUUUGUCGCGGGGGAGCAGUGAGUGGAAGUUGGUCCUAGGAGGCGUCAUAUCUGCUUUGGCUCAUUUUGCCUUUGUGCCCCCGAUCGCAGCUACAAUCUCGGCCAUCACAGAUGAAGAGGUGGAAAAGCGAGGAGAGACAAUUGCCAUGGUCAGAAAAUGGCUCAAGCUUCAUUUUUGGAGGUUUGCCUUGACGGACUUGCCUUCUCUGGUCUGCUUCACCAUACUUAGCCUGGGCUCCUGA